AUGUCGGAUCAUCCUCUCUCCCCGCAGAGGACGAGCACAUCUCCGCUCGGAAUCGAUGGAUCGAUCGUGCAAGUCUCGGACCGAAGGAACAGGGGCCCUUUGUCGAUCAUCUCUUCUGAACCGAAGGGUGUAGGAAAAAUAAGGGAGCUACGAUUGGGCGAUCCUGAUUGUGGCGAGGGUCCACCCGAUUGGCACGAUCAGAAGAGCCCUUGCCAUCCACCAGAGGGCCCCUGUACACCCAUGGAACCACCGGGCUAUCCCUCGAAACCGAAGCCGGAGAGGAAGCCGUUUUGCGCGAAACACGAUCGAAUCAUCCCGUUCCUGAGGCCGUCCUUCAAGUUCUCCAUCGCGGCGAUUGGCAAUUUCCGAGCCAAAAGCCCGUACUGUCUGGGAUCCUCCUUUCUCCAUGGCUGGAAUUUGGCGUCUUUUUCGAGGACACGUUACGAUAGCUACGCCUUCGCGAGAAACUUUAGCACUCUUCUCCCGCCGUGGCAGCCAGGAACAACAGUUUGUCUGUCGAAAGAAUUGUCGAGAUAUCUGCGACAAGAGCAAACGAGGUUCUUUCGAGAGGACGCGAUCCUUAUGACCAAGACGAAGGAGAGGAAACCGUGCGUGCCAUGCGAUAAACGUCCUCCCCAAUCGAAAGUGCCUUGCAAACGACCGUAUCAACGAGAAAAGCCUUGUCCACCGCCGCAGAAGUGUAUACCACCCCUUCCACCGUGUUGUCGUAAACGACCGGUGAACCCAAAGUGUCCCAUCCAACCACCAUCUCCGUGUCCGCCUCCUUGCCCGAUGCCAUGCCCGAAAGUCGAGGAAGUCGAAAAACCUCCACAGAUCAAAAUAUGCUAUCGAAAGUGUCCCUUACCUCCGAAAUUACCCAGACUUCCGAAAUGUCCCAAGCUUCCUGUUCCACCGCCACCUCCGGAGCUACCUAAACUGCCCAAACUACCCAAGUGUCCGCGUCCUUGUCCGCCGCCUCCUGCGCCAAAACCGCCCAAGUGUCCAAAGGUACCCAAGCUCGAAUGCCCACCUCAAAAGGAAUGUCCACCGCCACCACCCUGCGAGCCUUGCCCUUGUCCACCACCCUGUCCGCCACCAUGUUGUCCACCUCCGCCACCUUGUCCACCCUGUCCAGUACCGAUGCCGUGCCCCAAGCCUCUUCCUUGUCCGCCACCACCCCCGCCUAAGAUCUGUCCACCAUGUCCACCAUGCGCGGAAUGUCCGCAACCUCCUCCUUGUCCACCCCCGCCACCGUGUUGCCCUUGCCCUUGUCCUAAACCACCUCCACCUCCUCCAUGCCCCAAACCUUGUGUAAAACAAGCCAAACAAUCUGACAACCCGAUCGGGUGUCCCAAAGGUGUCCCGUCUUGUUCUAAAUCUUUCAACCCUAAGAGGAGCCAAAAAAGCAAGAAUAUGAAGAAAAGAAGUUUGUCCACGUAUCACGCUCCAUCUAAAUUUCUCUCUCGAAGAAUCGUUCCUCGAAGAAAGUUCCACGUGUUUUCGAUGCUGUCCGAGGAUAAAAAGGAUAAAAAGGAUAAAAAGGACAAAAAGGAUAAAAAGGAUAAAAAGGACAAAAAGGAUAAAAAGGAUAGCUGCACGAAAAUGGCAGAUAUCUGUGAACAGCAAAAAGACGAAUGUGUUAUAACACCUUGCGAGAAGGAGAAAAAGAAGAAGAAAGAUGUGUGCGAAGGUAGAACGAUGGUAAAGUUACAAAAAAAGAAGGAGCACAAGGAGAAGGAGGAGUGUGUAGAGAAAUGCAUUCCACGGGGAAAAUGUGAAUUGCCCGAUUCUCCUAAACCACCGAAGAUGGAAUACGGGCCCAUGGAUUGUCCACCUCCGAAGUUUGCCAAGCCCAAACCUUGUCCAGAUGUCCCGGAAUCCAAAUUUGAGUACUUACCUCCGUGCGAGGAUCGCGUGAAAAAGAAGAAGCAAACAUGCACGCCACCGCCUCUUCCGAAACCACCCACGGAACCGGUAAUACUUUGUCCCUGUCCAGCUCCGCCUAAGUUGCCCGCUGGACCGUGCCCCUGUUACGAUUUUAAGAAGCCAAAGUUAGCCAAACCAAAAUUCCCACCAUGUCCGAAGAAGGAAAAGUACGUCUGUCCGCAUGAAUCUACUUUAUGUCAAUUCGAUCCGACUUGUACAAGGAAGCCGACCUGCGAUCUUGACAAGAGGAAGAAGAAAAAGAAAUAG